UUCCGCCAAUUCGCAAGCAGAGACGAGCCGCCGGCGUAGACCAACGCCGCCUCCGCGAUUCACGAACGCGCCGCGGACGCGAACACAACGCGAAAUUUAUCUUGCGCUUAUCUUGUGCGUGUUUGCCUCUUAAAACUAUUAAAAACAUUCAAAAACAAUAAAAUUAUUAAAAUAUUUCGUUGAAAUUAAUUUAAAGUGCAUGAAAUUGAAUUUAUAAAAUAAACUGGAUCGUGUUUAAGUAAAACUUUAAAAUAAUAAAUAUGUGACAUGUAAGUGUAAUCGAAAAACUUUAAAAACACUUUGUUCUUCAACGCAACCCGUGUUCGAUGUACACAAACGCGACAAGUGCGAAUAAACAGAGUUAAUUUUAGUUUGACAAACUUUGCUGUCACUUCAAAAGUGUUGAGAGAUGUACAUUCAAGAAUUUCCAGUCUCCUGGAUAUAAUACACACUUUAAAAAAGCUGCAAGGAGAUAAAGAGGAGUUUAAAGGAUAUAAUCUCCUUGGCAAUGCGUCAAAACAAAUCCCCAAUCUCAAAAUUGCCCUGCGCUCGUUACGUUCCCCAUCACACUCAUCACGCUUGCGAGCGCAAUGGAAACAAUGAUCUCUUCUGGUCCAGCGCGUCCCAACGCAGCGAUAUUGAUAUCACAUUCACAUUCACAUUCACUCUUCGUUGCAUUGACUCGCUCGCGGCUAUCCGCGAUUAUCAACUCGAGUAAAUCGCAUCCGCCAUCAACGCAGCGAUAAACAUCUCUUUAAACAACAAAUAUUUAUUUGUAAAUUCAAAUCAAGAAAUUAAAUAAAAAUGAAUGAGACACUCCUGGAUCCGUUCGCCAACGUCUUGUUCACAUUGGAUUCGAUGGAGAACGGGACGAACACAACGAAUAACACAGUGGACGAAGGCAAUCGAUUUAUUUUGCCGCUAUGGAGACAGGCUUAUUGGUCUAUUCUGUAUGCGGGGAUGGUAAUUGUCGCUACCGGCGGCAAUUUAAUCGUCAUCUGGAUUGUCCUUGCUCACAAGCGUAUGAGGACCGUAUUCAACUAUUUUCUACUAAAUCUUUCAAUAGCGGACACAAUGGUCUCGACACUAAACGUCACCUUCAAUUUCGUCUACAUGCUGAACGCUGAUUGGCCAUUUGGUAAAUUGUACUGCAAAAUAACGCAAUUUAUCGCGGCUUUGUCCAUCUGCGCAUCCGUCUUCUCUCUAAUGGCCAUUUCUAUUGACAGAUACAUGGCGAUAAUGACGCCGCUGCGGCCGCGAAUGGGCCGGAUUGUCACUCUAUCGCUGGCUAUUGCCACGUGGGUGCUCGGCGCCAUCAUCUCCAGCCCCAAUCUGUACGUCUACACUACGUUCGCGCUACCGGAGAGAAUAAUCUGCUAUUCGGAGUGGCCUGAUGGUCUCACAGGCGUAUCCAAAUUGGAUUAUAUGUAUAACGUGGCAUUCCUCUUCAUAACAUAUGUGGUACCCAUCCUCGCGAUGACGUACACCUAUACCCGCAUCGGCCUCGAACUCUGGGGUUCGCAGGGCAUCGGCGAGUGCACUCAGCGGCAAAUGGACAACAUCAAAAGCAAGCGGCGGGUGGUUAAAAUGAUGGUCGUUGUGGUGAUCAUUUUCGCCGUCUGCUGGCUACCGUUCCAUUUAUACUUCAUCAUAAUAGCACACUUCCCCGAAAUUAGCAACUCCAGCUACAUUCAGGAACUUUACCUGGCAAUCUACUGGCUGGCGAUGAGCAAUUCGAUGUACAAUCCGAUUAUCUACUGCUGGAUGAACGCACGGUUUCGGCGUGGCUUCAAACAGUUCUUCUCCUGUUUGCCGUUUGUCGACACAAGUCCUGGGGCGUUCACGCGCCGCGAAGUCUUCACUAGCAAACGGAGAUCCUUUGUCGGCUCACCCGAUCAUAACCGAUUAAUGCGUAACGGCAGAAACGGUACUGUAAGGACGCACGUAAAUGUGAACCUUCAUCAACAUCAUCCAAAUCAGCACACUGACGAGCACACUCUGUGCACACAUAUUGCAGAUGAGUCGAAAGGACGCGCGAUGAAGCGCUGGGGCGCACACCACCACCAGCAACAGCAGCAAGCGUCGCCAGAUGGCCGCAAUAGUCAUCUCGACUGGCAGCAGCAUCAGCAGUGGAAGGAUACCUCCGACGAUCGCCUGCAUCAACGCACGUGGAUCUAGUGCCACACCUCGCGGACGGUGCAGAUCCGCGAGGAGAAUAAUCAGUACGCUGAAACAAGAAUGUGAGUGCAGAGGCAUCAUCGAUUCACAUACACACAAGUUAAUAUGACAUUGAAGUAGUUAUGUGAAUAAGAUGUCCGCCGGUAACCUAAUUGUGGUAAGUUUUUGGUUUGUUUUCGCAUUGGGACCAUAAAAAUCAAGAAAUUUAACAGUUUAACAGGGUAAGGUUUGGUUUCGUAGUUAAUUUGAUAUGGAGUACUAAGAUAUACCAACGAAAACCACUAACUAAACGUAAAUAU